CUUUUUAAACUUUUUACACACUACUCUUUUUUAAUGCAUUUUUCAAUUCAUCCAUUCAUUUAUCCUCUCUUCUUUAAAUCGCUAUUCAAUUCACUCAAAUUCAUUCAUUUACUACUCUUCUUUUCUUGUUAUUUCAUUCAUUUAUUCAUUUGAUACUCUUUCUUAAUUCAUUUUAAAUCCUUCCAUUCAUUCAUUUACUACUCUUCUUUGAUUCAUUCAUUAUUCAUGAUGAAUUACUCAUACACAACUUUAGUAUACAUUUACAUUAACUGCUUAUCUGUGAAAAAUGGCAAAACCAGUUUGCAAAAAUAACAUAUUUUUUUUGCAAAUCUAAAACUCCCCCCUCACAGGGUAUCCUGGUUUUCAAGUACCCUGAACUCAGAAUCCUGUUUUCUUUCAGCUUUCUACAGACUCAGUGACCUCUGCGGUGGAAUAUUACUUAGUGACCUCUAUAACGGUGGAAUAUUACUCAGUGACCUCUAAGGUGGAAUAUUACUCAGUGACUUCUACUGUGGAAUAUUACUCAGUGACCUCUACUAUGGAAUAUUACUCAGUGACCUCUAUUGUGGAAUAUUACUCAGUGACCUCUACGGUGGAAUAUUACUCAGUGACCUCUACGGUGGAAUAUUACUCAGUGACCUCUACGGUGGAAUAUUACUCACAGACCUCUAUUGUGGAAUAUUACUCAGCGACCUCUACGGCGGAAUAUUACUUAGUGACCUCUACGGCGGAAUAUUACUCAGUGACCUCUACGGUGGAAUAUUACUCACUGACCUCUAUUGUGGAAUAUUACUCAGCGACCUCUACGGCGGAAUAUUACUUAGUGACCUCUAUGGUGGAAUAUUACUCAAUGGCCUCUACGGUGGAAUAUUACUCAAUGACCUCUACAGUGGAAUAUUACUCAAUGACCUCUACGGUGGAAUAUUACUCAGUGACCUCUACGGUGGAAUAUUACUCAAUGACCUCUACGGUGGAAUAUUACAUAGUGACCUCUACGGUGAAAUAUUACUUAGUGACCUCUACGGUGGAAUAUUACUCAAUGACCUCUACAGUGGAAUAUUACUCAAUGACCUCUACGGUGGAAUAUUACUCAGUGACCUCUACGGUGGAAUAUCUAUCUAAACCCUUCUACUUUUAUACAAAAUUAUAA